AUGGAGGUUCUUGCUCCUCUUGUCGUCGGCCAAAUCGCCCGCAUCUCCUGCUAUGCAGUUGGGAUCGUCUUUAUUUCCGUCGUUCUGAAUGUGUUCAACCAAUUGUUCCUCUACAAUCGCAAUGAACCUCCAGUUGUGUUUCACUGGUUUCCCCUCGUUGGAAGCACUAUUCCGUAUGGCAUGGAUCCUUAUAAGUUCUUCUUCUCCUGUCGUGAAAAGUACGGCGAUAUAUUCACAUUCAUACUCCUGGGCAAGAAGACCACUGUGUAUCUCGGCACGGAAGGCAAUGAAUUCAUCCUGAAUGGAAAAUUGAAGGAUGUCAACGCUGAGGAGGUUUACGGAAAGUUGACAACUCCUGUCUUCGGCACUGAUGUGGUAUACGAUUGCCCGAACUCCAAGUUAAUGGAGCAGAAGAAAUUCAUCAAAUUCGGACUGAGCCAAGCCGCCCUAGAAUCCUACGUUCCCCUGAUCGAAGAAGAAGUCAACCAAUACAUCAAAACCUCCGGAAAAUUCAAAGGCAAGACAGGCAUCGUCGAUCUCAGCGCCGCGAUGGCCGAAAUCACCAUCUUCACAGCCGGCCGCACCUUACAAGGCGAUGAAGUCCGCACCAAGUUGACCGCCGAGUUCGCCAGUCUCUACCACGACCUGGAUCUAGGCUUCAACCCGAUCAACUUCAUGCUGCCCUGGGCCCCUCUCCCUCACAACCGCAAGCGAGACUUCGCCCAUGCCCGCAUGCGCGAAAUCUACCUGGAAAUCAUCCAAGCCCGCCGCGAAUCCACCACGUCCGAGGGAGACCAGUCUCAAGACAUGAUCUGGAACCUAAUGCGCAGCGUCUACCGCGACGGCACCCCAAUCCCAGACAAGGAGAUAGCCCACAUGAUGAUUACCCUCCUCAUGGCCGGCCAGCACCAAUCGUCAUCAAUAAGUUGCUGGAUCUUCCUCCGCCUCGCCUCGCAGCCUGGAAUGACAGAAAAGCUAUACCGCGAACAGCUCGAUGCCUUUGGUUCCGAACUUCCCCCAUUGAGCUACGAGGAUAUGGACAAACUCCCCCUCCACCAGAACGUCAUCAAGGAGACGCUGCGCAUCCACAACUCCAUCCACACCCUCAUGCGCAAGGUUAAGAAUCCGCUCCCUGUCCCCGGAACCAGAUUCGUCGUGCCGACUAGUCACACCCUUCUUGCUUCGCCGGGUGUUACCACCCGCGAUGACAAACACUUCCGCAACGCAAUGACCUGGGAUCCGCACCGGUGGGAAUCGCGCAUUGAGGCCGAAGAUGACGGCGAGACUAUUGACUACGGAUACGGCGUUGUUUCGAAGGGGACGAAGAGUCCCUAUCUUCCCUUCGGUGCUGGUCGUCAUAGGUGCAUUGGGGAGAAAUUUGCUUAUUUGAAUUUGACGGUUAUUGUUGCCACGAUGGUGCGGAACUUUCGGUUCUAUAAUCCAAAUGAUAGGGACGGUGUUCCUGAGACGGAUUAUUCGUCCCUGUUUUCUCGGCCAAUGAAGCCAUCGACUGUUCGUUGGGAGAGACGUGGGGAAGAAUGA